AUGACUAUCUACCAAUCAGGCGCCCCUAUCCAAGGCUGGAACGACUUACCGCCGAUCCCAUUAGCCAAGAAGGCCUCCGUCCCUACAAACAACUCGUCCACGUCGCUCAACUCGCAAGGCUCCACCGCAAGCGCCGGCAGUAGAAGAAGAAGAGUCGCCUCCCAUGAUCUAAACACAUUCACGGGGAGCACAUCCCAAUCAAGGGUAAGCUCUCAGCCUGGUACUCCCAGCUCACCAAUGAUUCCCCCUCCAGUCCUAUCUAAGGCCUAUUCACCAACCCCUCCCCUUCCACCAAAGGCGCUGCGUCCACUGCCUCCCGGCACAGCCCUGUCUUCGGCCUCCAUCACACCGACCAGUGAUCCAACUUUUGACAUUUUACCCACGUUGGAGCGCCUAGUGGCGUUGCCUACGUCCCUCUCCGCUAAAGAGUUUACGUUCUACAAGACGCGGUUAUUGAGCGAGGCCACCGUGAAGACGAUAAAUACUCAGUCAGCGUUGGUAGGGACUUUUGUGGAAAGUUUACUCGAGGGGCUAGCUACUGAAGCCUAUACCAAGGAGGAAGCUAGUAAGGCGUUGAUGCUGUUCAUGGUGGACCAUGUAAAUGUCUGCGGAACCUGGGGUGUCUCUCUAAAAAAGAUCAUCGAGGGGGUGUAA